AAAAUUACCCUCCAAACUUGAUAAAACUAAAUACUAUAUCAAUCAACAUUUUGAUUGAUUGAUCGAUAGAUCAGUUGGUUGGGUGAUUGAUUAAUUGAUUAUUUAUUGGCUUAUCGUUAUUCAUAAUCUAAAUAAUUGAUUAAUUGAUUGAUUGAUGGAAUUACAAUUUGUCUUUUUUAAAUUCCUUUCAGAUACGCUUUUAGAGGACAAUGGUUGACUGUAUUGUUUAUAAUUUCUAAUACUAGAGGUCUGACGUGCAUUUCUGUAGUAGAUUACUGGCUAUUUUGAUCUUGAGCAUAUUAACAGUAGCUGUUCCGUUCAUGAUAUAAAUAUAGUAACCGUACAUUGUUUGAUACACGGAAAAAUACACCUGUACUGUUAACGCCCAUAUCCAGAACAUUCGACCCGGCUGCGGCGGCCAUUGAGAAAGUUAAGUACUGCACUCAAAAGAAGUAAAGAAUUAACGAAGUUAGAAAACUUGUCAUCAAAUUUGGUUGGUACGGCGUUGAGCAUAAAGAAGUUGUUUUAUUCCAUUUUCCAAGAUGACAGAAAACGAUGUUACUGAUACUAAAUAUCGGGGUAUGAUCUGUCAAUUUGGCAGUCUCUUCGACGGCGAAAAUUUACUUCGGCUGAAAUUCCUACUGUACGAGAGCCUUCCAAUAUCUGUCCUGGAUAAAAAGGACAUCACAGGAGUCGCUCUUAUCGAUAAACUGGACCAAAGUGGUAAAAUCAAGUAUAACGAUGUAAGUCUCCUAACUGAGAUAGGCGACUUGAUAGAAGUAGAAGACGUGAAAAAACUGAUCAGCGAAUACUCUAUAAAAGUCCGUCAAGUUAACAGGCCUAUGAAUGCCUGUCAUCUAAGCCCGAUUCGCAAAGCGUUAUUUAAAACAUUAUUGGCUUGUACCGAUGCCGAUAUAGAAUGUCUGGCUGUAAUGUACAAAUUGACCAGCGGCAGAUUCACGAAGAGAUGGGGCCUUUUUUUUUAUUUGGAAACACACAUUUGGCCGAAUAAACCGAUGCAAACAAAUUUGAAAGAACUUCAUGCUAGUGUUAACGCAAAAGCUAAAGUAUUCCUAGUGGGUGUAUUAGACGGUCCAGUAGCUGAUGACGUAGGAGACGGUCGCAUCCAAGGAGCCGAUAAUGCUGCAUCCUCCUCCGAUGAAAAUAUUAACAGCAUGCAAAACAACCCUAAUGGAUCUGGAGAUGUCCGAAAUUGGCCUUGGAAUUACUUUUCAGUCAGAUGUCGUUAUGUGACUAUGAAUAUAUGCUUGGUUGUUGGUACUAUACUGUUCAUAACAUUUCUUGUUUUGGCAGUCACAAUUGAAGGAGUAUUUGAAAAGAUAAUUUUUGCAGUGUUGGCAAUGGUUAGUGUUAGUCCUCACAUCUACAAAGCCCAGCAAAAGACUCGGGAGUGGUACAAAAACCAUAAGGCAAAAACUACGACACUGACGCAAUCAUCGUCUGAGGAGUAUAACCAUCUCUCAGCUUAAUUUAACCAACUGAACAAUAGCAAACAUAUUUCUUGCCCUUUUAUAUUUUUCAGUGGACGAUUAGGCUCUCUUUUAAUUCACAAAAAUGGCAAUCACACACGCGUUUAAAGCCGGUUUUCCACUAGGCGAAAAAAAUGCGCAACCAAUCAGAGCUCAGGAAGCGAACCGACGCUUUGAUUAAAUUCGCCUAGUGGAAAACCAGCUUUAGGACUUGGUUUUUGCCUACAACAAAAUUGUAUACUAAAUACAGUGAUACGAUGGUGUUGGCUACAUUUCAAUUAUCUAUAGUUUUACUUAAUAUGUACGUUAACUAGUUAAAAAGAAAAUUAGAAUUUUAAAAAUCUUUUGAAAAGUAGGCCUAAAUUACCUAAAACUGAAUCAUUCCAAAUAAACAAUAACCAUAACAUUCUAUGCUAUACAUUGUGUACAAUAAAUACUAAUGAAUCACAUUCCAGUAA